GCGCGCGGCGCGGGGGCGGGGCGGCGUGUGUUGGGGGCCAGCCUCGGUGUCAGCCAUCUUUCAAUUGUGUUCGCAGCCGCCGCCGCGCCGCCGUCGCUCGCUAACGCCAGCGCCGCCUCUAGCUCGCCGAGCUCCAGCCGAAGGAGAAGGGGGGUAAGUGAGGAGGUCUCAGUACCAUGGCUCGUACAAAGCAGACUGCCCGCAAAUCGACCGGGGGUAAAGCACCGAGGAAGCAACUGGCUACAAAAGCCGCUCGCAAGAGUGCGCCCUCUACUGGAGGGGUGAAGAAACCUCAUCGUUACAGGCCUGGUACCGUGGCACUCCGCGAAAUUAGACGUUACCAGAAGUCCACUGAACUUCUGAUCCGCAAACUUCCUUUCCAGCGUCUGGUGCGAGAAAUUGCUCAGGACUUCAAAACAGACCUGCGCUUCCAGAGCGCGGCUAUCGGUGCUUUGCAGGAGGCAAGCGAGGCCUACCUGGUGGGCCUCUUCGAAGACACCAACCUGUGUGCUAUCCAUGCCAAACGUGUAACAAUUAUGCCAAAAGACAUCCAGCUAGCGCGCCGCAUACGUGGAGAGCGUGCUUAAGAAUCCACUCUGAUGGAAACCGUUUCAUUCUUUAAAAAAAAAAAAAAAAAAUUUUCUCUUCUUCCUGUUAUUGGUAGUUCUGAACGUUAGAUAUUUUUUUUCCAUGGGGUCAAAAGGUACCGAAGUGUAUGAUUGCAAAUGGAAAAAUCGGGGACAGAAAUCAGGUAUUGGCAGUUUUUCCAUUUUCAUUCGUGUGUGAAUUUUUAAUAUAAAUGCGGGGACAUGAAGCAUUAAUGCAAGUCAAAAUGUUUCAGUGAACACGUUUCAGCAGUUCAACUUUAUAACAAUUAUAAAUAAACCUGUUAAAUUUUUCUGGACAAUGCCAGCAUUUGGAUUUUUUUAAAACGAGUAAAUUUCUUAUUGACGGCAACUAAAUGGUGUUUGUAGCAUUUUUAUCAUACGGUAGAUUCCAUCCAUUCACUAUACUUUUCUAACUGAGUUGUCCUACAUGCAAGUACAUGUUUUUAAUGUUGUCUGUCUUCUGUGCUGUUCCUGUAAGUUUGCUAUUAAAAUACAUUAAACUGUA